GAUCCCCCGUGUAAGAGUGAGGUGGAGGAGGACGUUCCAGUCCAUGUGACCACAGAAAUUCCCCUCAAGAAUUCUGAGAGAAAGUUCAUGUUAUCACUAAGUUAUAAAGCAGAAAAUGAAGAUAUCAUGCAGUGCUCUUCAGGAGAAAAACUCAAUCUACAUCCAGGACUUCACAGUACAGAUAUGUCAUAUAAUCCCCCUAAUCAGGAGGAACCUUAUCUUGACCAAUCACAGAUUGUUACCCCAAAUACAGGUCAAAAAGGGGGUAAAAAGUUACAGUAUGGUGAACGGUUCACAAGAAGCUCAGGUCUUUCUACACACAGAAGAAAUCAUACAGGAGAGAAGCCAUACUCCUGUUCAGACUGUGGGAGAAGCUUUAAAUAUAAAUCAAGUCUUCAUACACACAAAAGAAAUCACAUACGAGAAAAACCAUUUUCAUGUUCAGAAUGUGGGAAAUGUUUUAUAUAUAAAUCAGCUCUUGUUACACAUGCUAUAAGUCACUCUGGAGAGAGGCCGUAUUCAUGUUCAGAAUGUGGGAAAUAUUUUAAGUAUAAACCGAAUCUUGUUGCACAUGAGAAAAUUCACAUAGGAUUGAAGCCAUAUCCAUGUUCAGAAUGUGGGAAAUGUUUUCCGAAAAAAUCUGAUCUUGUUAUACAUCAGAGAAUUCACACAGGAGAGAAGCCAUAUGCAUGUUCAGAAUGUGGGAAAUGUUUUAGACAGAAAUCAUUUGUUAUUCUACAUGAAAGAAUUCACACAGGAGAAAAACCAUAUUCAUGUUCAGAAUGUGGGAAAUGUUUUAGGAGUAAAUCGGCUCUUGUUACACAUGAGACUACUCACAAAAUAGAGGAGCCAUAUUCAUGUUCAGAAUGUUGUGACCAAAGUGAAAUAAAAGACCCUUCACUUCAUAUUAUCUUUGUAUGUGCCGUGGUUUCUGUAACGCUUACCCCGGAGCGUAGAGGGGUUUCCACCGCUGGAGGGUGUCCUUUUCCCGAUCGUUGA